AUGCAAUUGGAAGCGCUAGACAAGUCCCAUUGGCUAGUCCAGUGGGUUCAAACUGUAUUAAAAAUCAGUAUUUUUGUUGCAAUCUUUGGUGCUGCAAUUUCCGCAAGAUUAUUCUCGGUUAUAAGAUUUGAGUCUAUCAUCCACGAGUUCGAUCCGUGGUUCAACUUCAGAGCAACUAAGUACCUGGUAUCUCAUUCGUUUUUGGAAUUCCUGAAUUGGUUCGAUGAUCGGACCUGGUAUCCGCUAGGGAGAGUCACAGGUGGUACUUUGUACCCCGGGUUGAUGACAACCAGUGGUUUAGUGUGGCAUUUUUUUAAAAACAUUGGUCUACCUAUCGAUAUACGCAAUAUCUGUGUCCUGUUCGCACCGGCUUUUGCAGGGGUCACUGCCUGGGCCACAUACGAGUUUACUAAGGAAAUCAAAGAUUCGGCGGCUGGAUUAUUUGCAGGUGCGUUUAUGGCAAUUGUUCCAGGUUACAUUUCAAGAUCAGUAGCUGGGUCAUAUGAUAAUGAAGCAAUUGCUAUCACUUUAUUGAUGGUUACAUUUAUGUUUUGGAUUAAGGCACAGAAGACAGGUUCAAUUUUUUUUGCAACGUUAACUGCGCUUUUCUAUUUCUAUAUGGUUUCUGCAUGGGGUGGUUAUGUUUUUAUCACAAAUUUGAUUCCUCUACAUAUUUUCAUCCUAAUUCUUAUGGGCCGCUACAAUAACAAACUUUACACUGCUUACAGUACUUGGUAUGCAAUUGGUACUUUGGCUUCUAUGCAAAUACCAUUUGUCGGAUUUUUACCCAUCAGGUCAAAUGAUCAUAUGGCAGCUUUAGGUGUCUUUGGUUUAAUACAGAUCGUUGCAUUUGGUAACUUUGUGAAAAAUCAGGUCUCCAAUGAAAAAUUUAAAGUUGUUAUGUUCGUCUCACUUAUUUUACUGCUGGGAUUGGGCAUCCUCGGAUUGUUUACUUUGACCUAUUUUGGUUUCAUUGCGCCUUGGACUGGAAGAUUCUACUCCCUAUGGGAUACAAAUUAUGCUAAAAUUCAUAUUCCAAUCAUUGCUUCCGUCUCAGAACAUCAACCAGUUGCUUGGCCCGCCUUCUUCUUCGAUACCCACUUUUUGAUUUGGUUAUUCCCUGUCGGUGUAUUCUUACUGUUUAUUGAUUUGAAAGAUGAACAUAUUUUUGUCAUUGCGUACUCCGUGCUGUGUUCAUAUUUUGCUGGUGUUAUGAUAAGAUUGAUGUUAACUUUAACUCCAGUUAUUUGUGUUUGUGCAGCAGUCGCAUUGUCUAAAUUGUUUGACGUUUAUUUGAACUUGUCACCAGAAAGGGAUGGUAAGGAAGUUCGUUGGAAUUUCAGCUCUCUUUUAUCACGUUUGGUGGUUUGUGGCUCUUUCAUAUAUUACUUGUAUUUGUUUGUCUUCCAUUGUACUUGGGUAACAAGAAUGGCAUAUUCAUCACCUUCUGUUGUUUUACCAUCACAAACACCCGACGGUCGUCCUGCUGUCAUUGAUGAUUUCCGUGAAGCUUACUAUUGGUUGAGAAUGAACACAAAUGAAGAUGCUAAAGUUGCCGCCUGGUGGGAUUACGGUUACCAAAUCGGAGGUAUGGCUGACAGAACCACUCUGGUGGAUAACAAUACAUGGAACAAUACUCAUAUUGCCAUCGUUGGUAAGGCAAUGUCUUCACCAGAAUGGAAAUCGUACGAAAUCUUUAAGCAACAUGACGUCGAUUAUGUAUUGGUGAUUUUUGGUGGUGUUAUCGGAUUCAGUGGCGAUGAUAUCAAUAAGUUUUUAUGGAUGAUAAGAAUUAGCGAAGGUAUUUGGCCUGAGGAAAUUCAGGAGCGGAAUUAUUUCAAUUCAAAAGGUGAAUAUCGUGUUGAUUCGCAGGCAACAAAAACCAUGAAAGAAUCUCUACUUUACAAAAUGUGCUAUAAGGAUUUCCCUCAAGUUUUCAAUGGCCAGGGACAAGAUAGAGUCCGUUCGCAGACUGUAUCAGCAUCAGAUGUUGAACAGCUGGAUUAUUUUGAAGAAGCUUUUACCUCCGAAAACUGGAUAGUUAGAAUUUUCAAAUUGAAGGAGCAAGAUCCAGAGGGUAGAUCACUACAUGACGUAGGCAUGUUCGAAAGAAGUCUUGCGAAAGGAACAAAGAAAAGAGGUACCAAGAAGCCAGACCUCGAUUUCAGAGUUUAG